UCAGUGACAUCUCUGCAAAGCGUUGCUAAUAAUGAUUAGAUUCUCAGUGUAGCAGCCCCGGCUGCACGAGAGCCAAAGAUGAAGGUUCAUCGCAUUGUAUCGAUCAUACUUGCCCUGUAAGAGGUUGUAACAUGUUCAAGUCUACGGAGCACAAGUACUGUGAAAGCCAUCGGUGUCAAUGGGAUGAUUGUGGGUUUCCAAGGGAAGGGGGUGAAUUUUGUUUGCUUCAUUCUUGCCAUUUCGAAGGUUGCGAAGAUUGUAUUGUCCAAGUUGAUGGGUGGCACUGCGAAUUUCAUUCUUGCUUAAGACCAUGCUGUAGGGAUGUCGGCAGAGAGGAACUGGAUCAUAAAUGUUUUUGCCACUGGAAGGAAGAUGAGAGGGCCUGCAUUAAGGCGGAGCUGAGUGAUGAGAAUAUGACGUUGAGGCUCAGGAUUCAAGAAUUAGACGCCAAGAUUGCACGACUGGAACGAGAAAAGGAACAGAUACGGAUGGAUCAGCAAAGGUCCAGGGGGCCGCUGCCCAACUAAUUCGCGAAGAAACUCCCUGGUCCUCGCUCAAAUGUGUAUUCUAGAGGAGGCCAUGUUAGCGAAGGAUACGUACGGCACAGGUGUAAUUAGGUGCAGUUUGCCAGAGGCAUUUAAUUCAUAAUUCCACAAUAGGAACUCCAAGACACAUAAGAUUCAAAAAG